AAUGUAUCGUUUACUCUGUUUUCCAACACUGUUGAACAACAUGUGUUACGGCAUGUUGACUGAAAAACUGAGAAUUUUGUGGAAAAAUGAUUUCGUGUAAAAAUUUGUUCGUAUUUCGGCAACUGCCGGCGCUGCGACGCUGCCAAGCCAACUACCUGCGCUCGACACUGGUGGCCACCGCCUGCUCCUCAGCCUCCGCCUGCUUAACCUAUCAGAGCUGGAGGAGUACUCCCGGCAACCCCGGAGCCCUACGACCCACCACCACCCGCAAUUUCCACACCACCCGUAGCCUGCUGGCCAAGGACUACUACCAGACGCUGGGCGUGCCAAAAAACGCCAACGGCAAGGACAUCAAGAAGGCGUAUUACCAACUGGCCAAGAAGUACCAUCCGGAUACCAACAAAGAUGAUCCGGACGCUGGUCGCAAAUUCCAGGAGGUAUCUGAGGCCUACGAGGUCCUGAGCGAUGAUCAGAAGCGCCGUGAGUACGACACCUAUGGCCAGACGGCGGAAAACAUGGGUCGGCAGGGCGGCGGAUUCCCUGGUGGCGGAUUCCCCGGUGGCGGGCCGGACGGUUUCUCACAAAGCUGGCAGUUCCGAUCGAGCAUCGAUCCCGAGGAGCUCUUCCGCAAGAUCUUCGGCGAGGGGAACUUUCGCACCAACAGCUUUGACGACUUUGCCGACUCGAAGUUUGGCUUCGGGCAGGCCCAGGAGAUGGUGAUGGAUCUGAGCUUCGCCCAGGCAGCACGCGGCGUCAACAAGGAUGUGAACGUUAAUGUUGUGGAUCAGUGUCCCAAGUGCGCCGGCUCGAAGUGUGAGCCCGGCACCAAGCCAGGUCGUUGUCAGUACUGCAACGGCACUGGGUUCGAAACCGUUUCCACCGGACCCUUUGUCAUGCGAUCCACCUGCCGCUACUGCCAAGGCACCCGCCAGCACAUCAAGUAUCCGUGCAGCGAGUGCGAGGGAAAGGGCCGGACGGUUCAGCGCCGGAAGGUUACGGUACCGGUGCCGGCCGGCAUCGAAAAUGGUCAAACGGUGCGAAUGCAAGUGGGCAGCAAGGAGCUUUUCGUCACCUUCCGAGUGGAGAAGAGCGACUACUUCCGGCGGGAUGGCGCCGACGUACACACAGAUGUGGCUAUUUCGUUGGCCCAGGCCGUUCUGGGCGGAACUGUUCGGGUGCAGGGAGUCUAUGAGGAUCAGUGGAUCAAUGUGGAUCCGGGCACCUCGUCGCAUCACAAGAUUAUGCUGCGCGGCAAGGGCCUGAAGCGAGUGAACGCGCACGGUCAUGGGGAUCACUAUGUGCACAUCAAGAUCACGGUGCCGGACAGCCGGAAACUGGACAAGGAGCGAAAGGCCCUGAUGGAGGCGUACGCAGAGCUGGAGGAGGAUACGCCCGGACAGAUUCAUGGGAUUGCACGGCGCACAGAUGGCAGUAAGAAAGCAACCGCAGGAGCGAGUGAGGCAGCUGGAGCCGGAGCAGCAGGUGGAGCAGGCACCAGAGCCGAAGGUGGAAAACAAACAGAAGACAAAAGCCAACAGCCAGAUCAAGAGAAGGUCAAAGCGAAAGAAGACGUCAGCGAAUCCGGAUCCGGACAAGGCGACAGUGGAGGCUUCCUAAACAAACUCAAAUCGAUGUUCAACUGAUCCAUGUUUUGUUGGUAGAGCCCAACUUGGAGGCCGAUUGUGUUUUUUAGUAUCUAAGUUACCGCACGUUAUUGUUGCUCAGGCUUAAUCUAAGUUCCGGGCGAAAUACGAGGGAGUAGCGCAUACCAUAUUUUGUGAAUAUUCCAAACGAUUUGAAACUCAAAGAUGAAUAAACCAAAUUGACCGUCGAGGCAAGAAAACGGAAAGUUUAUUUCAAAAACCUA